AUGCCUUGUUCAUUUCAAAAGUCUGACAACCCCAGACUCGACCAAUAUUUAAUUGGCAAAAAUGAAAUUGAAUUUGAGAAUGAAGAAAAUGUGGAAGAAGAACAAGAGUUUAGUUUUGCUCCCUUUGAUGACCAAAAAAUAGUUAAAUUUGCUGAUGAGAUCUUUCACAAUGGCAAGAUGCGAACAACAAUCAUUUCUUUUGACCAAUAUCUUUUUUCUCCCAUCGCACACCACAACAACACCUUCUCUCUUCAACCACCAUUAAAGAAGCUCUUUUUUGUUCAACAACUCAACGAAUUUUCCUCACAAUCAAAAGGUGGUGUAUUGAAAGGAUCAUGCAACGAGACCGUAGUUGAAGUUGAGGCUUCAAACAAGAAAUCCAAGAAAAGCAAAUCCGCAAGUUUCUCAAAGAUAUGGAGAUUUAAGGAAAGCUUAAAGCUUCGAAGCAAUAGCGAUGACAAGGAUGCAUUUGUUUUCUUCAAUCCUUCACAGUCCAAUAUGAUGAAAAAAGAUAGUGGCAUUUCAAAGAAAGAAAGAUGUGGAAAAUGCAAAACAACUUUGUCACCUCACGAGAAGCUCUACGUGAUGAAUAAAAAGAACACAGAAACUACUAAACGAAAAUCAUUCUUGCCUUACAAGAAAAACUUGAUCGGAUUAUUCACAAACGUGAAUAAAUUUAGCAAGAACCUUAACCCAUUUUGA